UAUUGUAUAUUCCAAUUUUCAUAUACUUAAUAAGAAAAUUCGUUUAAAAUAUAUUAUAAUCAUUUGCAUCACGUUUCUUACUCUUUAAAUCAUAUACCUACUUACCUUAUUACCACAAUAUACUGCAGCACUUAAAUUCAAAUAUAUUUUUAAAGGUCGUUAUUUUAAACUAACUAAAAUAAUAAAUUAUCAUGGAUGGUCCCAAGAUGUCUCAAGAAGAACUCGUGGAAAAAUUAAAACAUCAAGUGGCAUUAGAAAAUAUAGAACAAUUAUUAAUGAAAAUGAGUCGGUUAUGUUUCAAUAAAUGUAUCAUAAAACCAGGACCUUCACUAGAUAGUACUGAACAAAAAUGUGUUUCAAUGUGUAUGGAUCGUUAUAUGGAAACAGUGAGUUUAGUUUCCAAGUCUUUUGGUGAACGACUUAUGGCUGAAUCCCAAAAUAUGCAUUAAACUGGAACAACAAAUUAUUAAAUGAGUGUUACUUGUAGCUAUAGUUUUCUGUCGUUUAAACUGUUAAUUGUUUAUUUAUAUUUGUAAUUAAUUUUUAAAUACUACAAAUAAUUUGAUUGUAUAAAAAUAAAAAAUAAACAUCAGAAAUCGAAAA